AUGCACAGCCCACACCCUGAACACGAGCCCAGAGCAGAGGCCGUGCUGGGGAAGGAAGAGGCCCAGUCCCGGGACAGGAGGAGCCAGGGGCCAGGGGCAGCUCUGGGCUCCCGCACACUGGGCAAGAUCCAUGCAGCCGGGCCCAGCCCUCGGGGCACCCGCUGCAAUGAUCCGAUGACCCUAGGGGCCCUCCCGGGCUGGCCAGGCCUGUCCUUCCCCAUCGGACCCCGAGGCCAGGUGGCUGACCAGCUGGCACCCGCAGAGCUGGCCCUGGAGGACCUGUGCACAGAGGAGGCCGAGAGUGACGAGCUGGAGGGGACGCAGACCGGCCUCCUAACCUUCGUGGCGCUCUUCCUGCUUAGCGUGAGCUACGGCGCUGCCGUCACCCUCUGCAAGGUGAAGUGGGUCCUGGCUGCUGCCCUGCAGAAGCAGCCGCAGGCUUCCCGCGACUACAGGAACGCCGCACAGCCCUGCCUUCUCCCUCGUGUGAGAGUCCCCGAGGCUGCCAGCUCGACCCUGGGCCAGAGGAAGGAGCAGACCAGCCCCCAAGGGGCCAGAGCCAGGGGCCCAGCGACCAGCACACGGGCGCCGAGAGGCCCCAGCUCAGCCCCAAGGUCGAAGGCAACAGGGGGCCCGCCUAUCACAGCCCCACACCACCCCACUUUAGGGCAAGUCCCAGAAGAGCAUCUGUUCCCUCCACAGAGAGACCUGGGCUGGGCGUGGGUGCUGACCACCCCAGGCUUCUCCCAGGCCCCUGGGCUCAGGCCCACACCGGUUCUGACUGAACAACCCCUGAAACACAGCGAUGGCCUUGAGCCCAUGGCCCAACCCACGCUGGAGCCCAGAGCCAGAUCUAGAACUCAGAGUCCCAACCAGCCCGAUCCAGCAUCUGAGUCCAGCCCAGCCGAGCCAAGGGCUCACUCCCCAGGCUCAGUCCCGCCCUCAGUGCCCCCAGGGCCAAAUGCGCUGCCCCCCAUGCCCUGCUCCUGUCCCCUGCCCACCCUCCCUGCUGUCCACCCCCAGGCCCCGUUCGUGCAGAAGGAGGAUGCAGAGAAGACCUUCUGGGGAAGGUCCAGGGGAGUUUCCAGGGCUGCAGGCAGGGCCCUAGGCUGUGAGGCAGGCUCCCACAGCAGAAGGCGCUUCCCAAGGGGUCCGCAGUGUGGCCAACUCAGCCCUGCAGCACCCACCCACAUGCCCCGUGCCCUCGUCCGACCUCUCUCCUAACUUUUCCUAGUAAAGUUCAUUAAAG